UCAGCCUUUUUGACUCAUCCCUGUAACUGAAAACCCCUCUUCUCUCUCCUUGUUUCUCUCUCUCAGCACUGAGCUUGCUUCUCCCUUCUCACUCUCUCCCUCUCUGUUUAAUGCUAUUCCUGAAGCUCCUCGCACACCAUUUCCAUCCUUAUCCUUUGACCAUCGGAGAUGAAAACCUCGUCGGUCAAGUACACCGAGCACAAGAAGGUCACUAAUAAGCUCGUUAAAUGCAAUGACUCCAACUCCACUAGAGUAGUUCGGAUUUAUGUCACAGAUGGCGACGCAACGGAUUCCUCCAGCGACGAGAAUGACAACUUUAUAUCUACCCAUCAACGGGUCAAGAAGCAUAUUAACGAGAUAAGAAUUGAAGAUUGUGUGGAAUAUGCCACUGGAAGAGCAUCAUCGGAUAAUUCAAAAUCAAGAUUUAACAAGCAGAUGCUAAGGAAAAACACCAGGGACCAGCGGUAUUAUCCAGAGGGUAAGAAGUACCGUGGUGUUCGACAAAGGCCGUGGGGAAGAUUUGCAGCUGAGAUCAGGGAUCCUUUCCGGCGAACGAGAGUAUGGUUAGGAACGUUUGACACUGCGGAGGAAGCUGCCAUGGUUUAUGACAGGGCUGCAAUCAAGAUCAAAGGGUCAAACGCUCUCACUAAUUUCAUAAAACCACCCGUGAGAACUUCUCCCCCAGAUUUUGAUAUUGCUGCAAGUUCUGGGUAUGAUUCUGGUAUGGAGUCUCACAGUCUGAGUUCUCCGACGUCCGUUCUUAGAUUUCAAUUCACAGAAGAAGUUGGGAAUGAGCCACAAGUUUUGAACGGUAAUGUGAGCAGACCAGUCGGAGAGAUGAAAGAGAAAAAGUGGGAUUGGAGAUUAGAUCAGGGAAUAGAGGAAAAGGAAUGGAGACCCAUACAGUGUGUAAGGGAAGAGGACCCAACUGAUAAUUGCUUUGAAGAGUUGGUGGAUAUUGAAAAUUAUGCUCCGAUACUUUUGGAUGAGUAUAUAAUACCUGAUACAGUUUUAACAAAGGAUUUUGUUGAUGUUGAUGGAGAUUUUGGGUCAUGUUUAUGGGACCUAGAUGAAUACUUCUGAGAGCUAAAGCUAAGCUUGCGAAUUUCGGAGACCCAAGUAUUGGUAAAUUCCGAGUGGAGUUUUGGAUACUUUGCUUGCAUUAUUAUUUAAUUUUCUUUUUAAUUUAUGUUGGAAGUCUGUGCAUGAGUGUGCAAAGUAUUGCAGUGCAAAUACCUGUAAAUUUGGUCUUAAUUAUUAUUAUUUCUUGCUCUUUUGUUGUUUCAAAAUUCAGUGUUUAAGUAUUGUUGAAUGAUUUUGUUGGUUUUAA